UGUUCGGUAUGAUGCAGUGGCCAGCCAAUCACAGCACAGGAGACAGGUAGAAAUAAGAGCCUGGGAAAAGUUUUUAGUCAGUCUUCAGGUGUCGUUGGGAGAGGACGCGUCGUGUGACCAACAGAAACAUUGGCAGCAGUCGGUGAAAUGGCAGAGGAAAAACCAACUGUGAGGGCGAAGAUGCCCAUGUCCGUGGCUGGGGAUGUUGAUGCCCUGAGGAAGGCGAUGAAGGGCGUGGGGACGGAUGAAGCGACAAUUAUAAACAUCCUUACCUCCUGCACCAACGACCAGAGGAAAGGGCUUCAACAAGCCUACAACAGAGCCUACGAGAAGGAUCUGACGAAAGACUUGAAGAAGGAGCUUAGUGGAGACUUCGAAGAUGUGAUCGUAGCCCUGAUGACGCCCGAAGCCGACUACCUGGCUCAGGAACUGCACGACGCCUGCAAGCACAAGAACGGGAGGGUCAUGGUGGAGAUCCUCUUUACUGCCGACAACUUCCUCAUUAAGUCAAUAAAGUCGGCGUACGAGCGUCUCUUCAGCACCAGCCUGGAAGAGUCCUUGACGAAGGCCACCUCGGAGACCUUCCAGGCCCUGAUGCAGCGGGUGGUAGAAGCCAAGAGGAGCGACACUGUCAACGAGGACUUCGGCCGCGUCAUCGCCAAUGAACUCUACAACGACGGAAAAGGUCUAGUUGAGAAAAAGUUGCUCAAGGCCCUCUGCUUGUACUCCUACAAAGAAUUUCGCAGCAUCUUAGUAGAGUAUUACAAGCUGGCGGGUCGAACUCUGGGAGACACCUUCGACUGCGAGUACAAGGGCAGCACCAAGACUAACAUGAGAGCUGUGUUUGACUGCCUGGAGAACCGGUACGUGUUCUUCGCAGAGUCUCUGCACAAGGCAAUGGCCGGGCCGGGCACAAAGGACCAGGACCUCAUCCGCCUGGUAGUCUCUCGCUGCGAGGUAGACUUGGGCAACAUCAAAACAGAAUAUCAUAACCUGUACGACAAGCUUCUGGAGAACGACAUCAAGGCCGACACUUCUGGGGACUACAGGAAGGUUCUCCUGGCUCUCAUCGGAGAGUAAAUGACCACACCGCCAGAUGGCAGCACUCGACCAGAAACAUGACAAGAAUAACCCUUAAUUAUAUAUAUAUAUGUAUACAUGUUAUAUUUUAGCCAGUUAAUAGUUUGGCACUAUGUAUAGCCUUCUAAUGUUUAUAAGCAUGCACUCAUUUGUAUUGGAAACAAUAAACAAAUUAAUAUGA